AAUACAGAUGAUCAACAACAACAGCAAGCUUCAAGUGCCGGAAACGGAAAUGAUUUUCAAAUCAGUUUAAAUGAUUUUCUUGAAUUUUUAAAACUUUCAUGUCACGUUAACGAGAUGAUUGCAAAAGCGGACAGUAAGCCACACAACCGGGAGCCCGUGCCGCCAGCCGAAAGCGCCGCGGGCGUCGCAGUCGCCAAGCGAAAUGCGAAAAAGGACGAAUUCGAUUUUAAUAGUUUGGCCGAAAAUCCUUUGGUAAAUGAAUUGCUCGCUUUGAAGCGGCCACAUCGUCACGCCACGAAUGAGAACAGCAGCAGCAGUAGUCGCAGCAGUCUGCUAAUGGAGCACAAAUCCACGGCACGUUCCUCGCAUGUCCACACGCCACGUGGUCUGCAUCCGAAGCUCAAUGAGCAAUUGGAUUAUGUGAUCAACGAGGGCGUCUUGGACUCGGUGCUCUCAUUCAUUUGCCCAAUGCCACUGCCCGUUGCCUUCACCAACAGCGGACGCGCCAAGCUAGCUAAGCAACAACAACAACAACAGCUGCAACAGCAGCAGCCUCUCAAGCCAGAGGCGUCCAACUCCAACGCUGUGGCAUCAUCGAAGCCUGACUUGGGUGUGACGAGUUCGCCCAGCGUAAGUUCGCCUCGAGAGAGCCGCGAGGCGACUCUUGACUCGAACAGCAGCAGCAGCGCCAGCAAUGGCAUGGUCCGUGCCUUGGUAAAGGAGCAGAGCGGCAAAGGGGCAACAACGAAUGCAACUGCGCGACGCAAAUCGCUGCUGCUGGCCAAGGACAGCAAGCAUGCACGUCAGGAGAAGAAGGAACCCGAGGUCGUCAUCCACGUCUGCGACGAGGUGAAGAACACCUCCCGCGACUUCAGUUGCCCGCAGAGUCUGCUCAUCAGUAAGAUGGGCUACUUUGCCGAUGUCACCGCUGGCCAGCGACUGGAGGAAAUGGAUAUUUCGGUGCACUGCGACAUCCAAAUCUUCGACUGGCUGAUGAAGUGGAUCAAGCACAGUGCUCAGAGUCAAGAGUUGGCGGCACCUGGACAAAGCAGCUUUGCUGCUGGACCCCAACUCGAUGGCAACAAUGUGGUGCCCAUUUUGGUAUCCGCAAGCUUUCUGCAAAUGGAGCCACUGCUUCUAGAGUGCUUAGCUUUUUGCCAUGCCCAUCUCAGCGAGGUGGUGCGCACCUCAACGAAUCUAUCAUGUUUGAAUGAUGCACUCGUUAGUCGUCUGGCUGCCAUGUUCACUAAUCUGGAACUGGAAAUGGUGCGCGAUAAGAAGGAGCGAGUCACACCGCGUUUGUGGACGAAGCUCAUUCAGAGUCUGUGUGAACCCGAUGCGGAAGUGUUGCGCGGACAUUUCUACAGUAUUUCGGGACUGUUUCGAUGUGUGCGCUGCUGUCGCUGCGUCACCAACACCAUGAAGUCCUAUGUCAACUGCAUUCCCAGCAACAUUCGCCUGAACCGCUGGGGACAAUUGAUUAGCUCGCAUGUGCGUGACACCAACUGGGAUCUGAAUGUCUAUGUGCUCCAACUGUUCAAGGAGCUCAAGUCGUGGCGCAAGGUUUACUGGAAGCUCUGGGGACAUUGUCAUUAUCUUUAUUGCUGCUCGUGCGAGGCGCAUUUUCCUGUUUACCAGAUGAACUGGUGUCGCUAUCAUCCGGAGCCGCCCAACUUUCUGGGACCAGAGAUUGAGGGACGCAUGGCAGGACCAGCAGGACGCUAUGCGUGCUGUAAUCAGCAAGCAUUUCGCUACGAAACGCUGCCGGGUCCAAAUGGCUGUCAAUUUCGAGAGCACAGCGUGCUCGUUGACACGGAUCGGGAGCGUGCCAUAUUGACAAUUGCACAACUCGUAGGCGAAAACUACGCACUGUGCGAGCAGCCGCCGUUGCAUAUGCAGGAGCUGGCUGCCGCUGGAGAAAUAAGUCCCAAUUGGCUGGGCAUCUCUUUGACCCCACAACGUUGUCGCCAAGGACUGCUGCCGCAGCUGUGCAUGGACAUGACCAAUCAUCGCGUGAGUCGCCGCUGUCGGUAUGAGAUCGAUACGAGCACCGAGUCGGAGACAACAUCGACCAGCUCGGAGGAUACACGUAGUUCGCGUCCACGCAUACGCAAUACUUUAGUCGAUGAUGAGUUCACCUCGAGUAGCGAUGGUUGCGAGUCUGAUCAUCGUCCGCCGCCACGCAAAACGCGCGGCAAAAAGAAACGCAAACGACCCGCUGCAGUGUCUGGUCGUUUUUGGUCUGGCGAGUUGUCGGCGCGCAGCAAUCAGGAUCAUCAGCGUGACUUUGAGGAGAAGAUCAUGAAACAGGUGGCCAGCUAUGUGACGAAGAAAACAGGCUCCGAUCAGAAUCUGGUGCACAAUGCACAACCCUUGGGAGGCACUUAUGUCCGUCUGGAGUCCGAGUGGAAGGAGAUGUUGAAGCAACGUCACAGCAAUCACAAUCUGCAAUCGGGCGGAGGUGGCAAUGGCAACAGCAACAUGGGCGCCAACAAUGGAAACGCUGCGCUGGGCAGCAACAGCAGCAGCAAUCAGAAUUUGUACAGCGGCGGAGGCGCCACAGUUGGUGGCAUGGCUUGUGGUUCGGGUGCCUCGUUGUUGUCCAAGCAGAAGCAUAAGUAGAGAUGAUUGGUAGCAACACCUAGCGAAAUGUAGAACAAUAAUUAGUGGUAGUAUUUAAAACUCAAUGCAACAAGAGGCAAACCAAAUUGAUGUAAUGUGUUUUUAGCUGUUUUAGUCGCAAAUAUAACCGCGCAACUCGUAGUGCGUUGCAUAGUGUAAUCUAGUGUUGUUGUAGUAGGAAUCUUUAAAGUAUAUGUCGAUUAUACAUAUGUAUUCAGAUUACAAUUUUAAUUUAAAGGCACAAAUUAUUGAUUUUCAAAUUCAGUUUUCAUUAAAGAUUAAACUGCUCGAUGUUUGCUUUAGUGUAAAAGGAAUAUGAUCUAUUUUAAGACUAUAAUUGAGUUAAAUUAAUGUAAAUUAGUUGAGAGCAAGAGAGUAGUAAGAAAAUUAUUCUUUAACUUGGUUUUAAAAUGCACUGAAAAUGUGCUGAAGUAUUUUCUCCAUAGUUGCAAUUAUUAAAAUUCAUUUUACAUUUGUGCACUUGCAUAUAAACGAUAUAUACUGUAUAGUUUAGUUUAGUAUAGUUUACCACCAGAUAUUAUUGUUGCAUAUAUAGAAAUGCAAAGUUCUUAUUUAUAUUACCAUUUACUGAAUGUUUCCUGAAAACUUCACAACAAUUGUGCAAUUAACUUGUGAGUUACACAAAGUUCAAUUAUAGAGCUGUUUAUAUAGUAUUUAUGCAUAGUAUAGUUAAAGUUCGUUCUUUUUGCAUUUCUUAAUAUUUGUUUAUUAUUUAACUUAACGCAAUUUACAAUUUCUUUUUUAUAUUUAAAAUUAAUUAUCGUUUUCGUACUUCAUUUCUUUUCUUUUUUUUUUUUUUUGUUUGACAUAUAAAUUAAACCGAAAUACAAAUAGAAUUAUCAUCUUGUAUGAUCAAUUGCAAAGUGUUGAAAAGUGUUUACUAAGUUUUUUUGUUUGUUGCUUCAUUUUCUUGCUUAACAAUAAAUGCGGAUGCACAAAACGGAACCCAAGGUUCUACUAUUACAAUAACAUAAUCAAAUAUCGGGGGCCUUAGGCUCAACCUGUAGCAGGAAUACGCAACACGUUACACAAUAGAGUGAUGCACUGCACAAAGGAUAUAUAAUAAAGGAUAUCAUUUGAGCGGCUAAUUCCGGCACUCACUUUUUAUUCAAGAUCAGUUUUAAA